AUGGCCGAGUCGACGAAAGAAUUCACUUACGAAGAAUUAUCUGCUCAUAACACAAAGAAAUCUCUAUACAUCUCUAUUCUAGGAAAAGUUUACGAUGUGUCGAAAUUUAUUGAUGAGCACCCGGGUGGGGAAGAAGUUCUUCUCGAUGUAGCAGGUAAAGACGCUACAGAGCCUUUUGAAGGUGUCGGCCAUUCCGAUGAAGCUCUUGCUAUCCUAGAAACAUUGCUUGUUGGUAACAUGAAGCCAGGAGAAACAUCUCCGAAAAAGCCGCCCGCACAAAACUACCCUACGGUUAUUCCCCAGCCACAAGCAUCAAGUGGCAUCGGUUCUUAUGCCCUGCCAAUCGUAGCCAUUGUCGUCUACCUUGCCUAUAGAUAUCUUGUCUAA